AUGGCAGAUCAUACCGCGUCAACACAUACCACGCUCCCUUACAAGGACAGCCAAAGUCAAUCAAAGACAACGGGUCAGCAUCCAUUGAGUUGCACACACUGUCGUCAUAGGAAGGUCAAAUGCAACAAAACAUACCCAUGUCUACCAUGCCAGCGAUCUGGACUCGAAUGCACCUUCCCGGAGCGUGCCAAACAUCCGAAGAAAAAGAAGUAUGGACAAAAGUCAACCACAGAAGAGCUGCUGGCUCGGCUCAGUCGAAUGGAGACUUUGCUUGGGAGUAUAGAUGGCGAUGGGAAGACUGAGCAUCAAGAACCGGAGCAGAACAAAGCAUCCCCAAAUGCACGUGCAGAAACACCCAUUAGGAAGGGCAGCUGGAAUCUAGACAAGAAGGAUGCCUCGGGCAAUCCGGAUCACCUCAAUCGAUACAUUGGUGGACACUUCUGGCGGAGUAUAUCCAACGAGGUAGAAGGCUUACGGCAAGCGAUGGACGACGCGUCAGAUGGCGAAGAUGUUACACCGCAGUCUGAUCCUUCCCAGACUGACGGGCAUACACCACAAUCUACCACGUUUGGCUCUGCAUACAAUACACCACAAAUUCUACGGCACCUACAUCCUAAUACAGCGCACAUCAAUCAACUCUUUGACCUCUUUGCCACCAACGUUGAUGCUGUUUUCAAAGUGCUACAUAUCCCAACAGCGCGGAACUUUAUCGCAAACGUGGUCGCAAACUUAGACGAGAUUCCAACAGACAACUACGUCGAGCCGCUACUGUUUGCAGUAUACUACUCCGCAGUCACAACCUUGACCAAUGAGCAAUGUCUUCUACAUUUUCAGGACGGUCGAGCUUCCUUGCUGUCCAGGUAUCGAGCCGGCAUUGAGCGCGCUCUCACAAACGCUGGAUAUCUCAAUACAACAGAACUCGGCACCAUCCAAGCCCUCACGAUCUUCCUAGUAUCCGUCCGAACAAACGACGACUCACAAUUCACAUGGACUCUAGUCGCCACAGCCAUCCGCCUAGCCCACGGCAUUGGCCUCCACCGCGAAUCCAAUAACGUCGGGCUCCCUCCCCUACAAGUUGAACUCCGUCGCCGGGUCUGGUGGCAGCUAAUCGUCCUCGACAUCCGCUGUUGCGAAGACCGCGCCUCGGAGCCCAUAAUAACACCCAUCUCCUUCAACACGAAACGACCCCUGAACAUCAAUGACGCCGACAUAGACCCGGAAAUGCUUUCCCCGCCAGCUCCCCGCCCUGGAUUCACCGAGAUGAGCAAAGUCGCCGUUUCGCACGAAGUCUCUUUUCUCCGCUGGCGCUGGGGUGACAUAACAACGUUCAAUGCGCACGGAGAAGAGAACCUCUCCAAAGUCCCUUACGAAGAGCGCCUCGAAGUCCUCAACGCCCUCAAGAAGACCCUCAACGAGAACAUCCUACAAUAUUGCGACCUCAAUAACCCAAUCGCAUGGGUAACCUCUGUCGUCGCCCGCCUCAUCAUCUGUCGCAUUCGCCUCGUAGUCUACCAUCCCAUCGAAUUUUCCACCGGCCGCGUCACUCGCCCCGCCGUUUCGCGUGAGCGCUUGUUAGAAACUGCCGUCGCGGGCAUGGAAUUCGCACACCUCCUGGAUACAGAACCCAAAGCCGCACAAUGGCGCUGGUUUUUCAAAACGUACGUGCAGUGGCACGCCUUAGCCACCACGCUUGCAGAGCUUUGCGUACAGACCAAAGGACCACUAGUAGAGAGGGCGUGGCGGAUUGUGGACAUAGUGUUUGAUGACUGGGCGGCACGGAUUGCGGAUUCCCCUAACGGGAUGCUUUGGCGGCCUAUGAAGAAAUUGAUGACGAAGGCGCAGACGAAACGGAGGGAGAGCAGCUUUCUUAGUGAGGGUACUGUUAAUGAUUUGGGGCAUCAGCAGCCGUUGCCGCAGUUUGAUCAGUUGAGUUUUCAGAUGCCUGGGUCGGGCCAAGGGUUAGGGUCUGGGUUGGGCGAUGUGCCCAUCGUGCAGCCAGGUUUGCCGAGUAUGAACCCCCAAACUCAACCACCACAUACAAUGGGGUUUGGAAAUUCUGGGGAUGGAGGUGCUGCUAUGGGGACAACGCCAUUCAAUGAUAUGCUACUAGCAUCCCCUGUCGAGGGCAUGAAUCUGGAUGCGUCCCUGGGUGAUGCUGGAGAGGGAGGGAAUGAGAUCAAUUGGGCGGAAUGGGACGCGUUCAUGAGUGACUUUAAUAUGAGCGAUCUGCCUAAGGAGCCAGAUGUGCUAGGCGUUGGAGCUGGGGCUGGGACGAUGGCGGGGAGCCGGUACCUGGGAUAG